AUGCCGGGGUCAGAGGCAUCUGCCGUGCCUGAGCAGUUCUCCCUUCUCUUCCUCGCAGGAGUGCGUCUGGACCGCGUGCACGGUGGCCACCAGAAGUACAAGCGCUGGCUGGACUCAGAGAACAGCCCAUACCUGAGCCUGCAGAUCUCGCCGCCCACUAAGAAGCCACUGACCAAGAUCGUGUCGUACCUGAUGGUGGCUGAUCCCGACAAGCUGUACGCCAUGCCUCACCCCCACAUACCCGAGGGCGACACCAAAGCCCUGACCACGCUGUGUGAUCUGGCCGAUCGGGAGCUGGUGGUCAUCAUUGGCUGGGCCAAGCACAUUCCUGGCUGCUCCAACCUCUCGCUGGGAGACCAGAUGAGCCUGCUGCAGAGUGCCUGGAUAGAGAUUCUCAUUCUGGGCAUCGUAUACCUUUCACUGCCCUACGACUACAAGCUGGUGUAUGUGGAGAAGUACAUCAUGGAUGAGGAGUACUCCCACCUGGAGGGGCUGCUGGAGCUCUACUGCACCAUCCUGCAGCUGGUGCGCAGGUACGAGAAGCUCAAGGUGGAGAAGGAGGCGUUUAUGAUGCUCAAGGUCCUGGCUUUGGCCAACUCCGUGGGCAGACUCUCUGUCAUAGACCCAAUUUACAGACAUAGAAGAGACUCAAAAGGGAGACCAAGCAGCAGCAGAGAAAAACCUUCCCAGAGCAGCUUAUAUGGUCUGGCCGAGGACAAAGGAGGCCUCAGGCUGUUACUUGGUGCCACCACCACCUGA